GUUUCCACGAGCGGUAGUUCAGGAGACCGGUGUUGAUGACACUUCAGUGGAAAUUACACUCUGUGAAGCUUACAGUCUGAUCAGAGAGCACCAUGAAUUUAAACAACUUUGUGGUACUUCCCAGCAAGCCCAAGUCAAUGAAGUUAAAUGUCAGGAAUCUCCGGGAACUGCGUAUGGAAACAGUGCAGCUGGAUCAACAUGCCAAGGAGAUGGAGAGCAGACUGGAGGAGCUCAGACAGCGUAUGAACCGGGAGAAAGAGGAGAGGGAGAAGACGGGAGCUUCUCUUUGGCGUUCAGCACAGCCCGGGAUUCAGAGUGUCAGGUUGAACAAGGAGAACGCUCCUCACAGACUCUCUCCGGGCAAGAUGAAGAUUAGAGUGCUGAAGGAUGAGCCUGUGCCAGCAGUACAGAAGCAGGUAAUAGUGGAACCAGCCACCAAGGUACAGAGCACUAACAAGAAGCUCAACCUGAGGGGAAAAGUCUGUGGACAGUGUGAAGUUCAGCCGGCCGGACUGAUGUGUGCGGAAUGCGGAGAGGAUUAUUGUGUUGGCUGCUUUGUCAGGUUCCACCAGAAGGGGGCACUGAAGCGCCAUCGUACGGUUCCUGUACAGGCAGAGCUCCAGACCCCUGUCAGCACUCGGGAUGUGUUGGGCUGCCUCCAGCGGCAGGUAAGCGGCGAGGAGAAUCAACAUACACGAGGUGCAUCCCGCAAAUCCGCCGAUGAAAGUGAAGCCACAGAGAGAAGAUCAGCUCCCAGGAGCCUUCAGCCCAUGUCUGAUAACCAAAUGCAGCACACGCAGCCUCAGGUGUUGUUCGUGAAUGACGUUGUUGACGUGGAGGAUGAGGAGGCUGCUGAGGAAGAGGACAGCUCUCUGCUGAGAGGAGGCUUUGAUGAAGAGGAGUCAGCCAGGUCCUUCCAGGAGGCUCUGAAAGAGUGGAGAGAGAGAGGACAGAGACCAGUGUCUGUGAUGGAAACACAAACAGAGAAAGGAUCCCAGCAGCUGCUUCAUGUGGAGUUCAAGGAGGACACUUUGAGCUACAUGGAGAAACUCCUCCUAAAAAAACACCGCAGAGGACAAAUUGAAGAAUUUCAGCCCCGGUCUGUCGUCCAACACCGUCCAGAGCCACUCACACCUCCACCCACAGAGAUAGAUGAACUGAGCCGAAAAGUGACAGCGGAGCGGAUGGAGUUGCAUAAAUACUUUGCCUCUCUCUUCUCGAUCGCUCCCGCUGAGGAUGCCGGGAAAGCGGACAGCCCUGCAGAAUCCUGUUUAAGCAUCGCAGAGUUAGAUGAGAUGGUUGAAGAUCCCACAAUCUACAGAUCCUCUGGAGUCAAGCAGGGAAAUGAGAGCAAAAUGUUUGCAGCUGUUGGAAAGGAAGGAGAUUUAGGAUAUUCGGUUUUGCCUUCUAUACCGCUCUUCUCAGAGGUGACCAAAGGAUCCGUGAGUGAAUGUGAUUCUGAAGUAAAUAUCACAUCUUCUCCUGAGAUGUGGCCGCUGUCUCAAGAGCCUGAACAAUCUUCGUCAUCAUUGCCAAGAUCAGAAAGCUUUUUCCACUUGAGACGAGGCUUCGGAGAUCACAGCACCUGUCGACUACCUCAGAAUCCUCUCUGUCAAAUUCACGAACAGGAGGCCAGAAAGUGGAACUCUGUGACUCUCCAAAACCAAGCCCAUGGACAAGAUCUUCUGCAGCACGGGAGCAGGAGCAAUCCUCAGAGCUUCUGCCAACAUCAUCUCCUUCACUUCCAAAAACCAAAUUAA